AUGGGUAGGCAACAAAGUGAACAACAGAAGCAAAACCACUCUCUGAGGAGCAAAGCAGUCCACUUUGUCUCUGAUCUCACCACCGUCUUUCUCAACCCCAUCUCUGAUAAACCCUCCAAGCCUACUCCUAUUCCUCCUACCUCUGAUGAUGAGACUGAGCCAAAAAGAAGUCAAGUAGAAUCGAUUUCAGAGGAUGAUUAUGGGGAUUUAGUUGAUGGGCCUGAUACAUCUUCUUUUACUGCAUUUCUCUAUUCUCUACUGUCAUCCUCAGAAUCUGGAAGUAAAUCAAACUUCGAGGGACUGAAUGAGUAUCAAGCAGAUAGUCAACUGACGUCUGAAGUUAUAAUGAAAGAAAAUAGUGGGAAGAAGAGUUUAUUUUCGAGGGGCAAACAGUCCCUUGGAAGAGCUAUUUACCAGGCUGCUAGAUUAGGUGGGUAUCGACAUCAAGCCUCAGCCAAGGGCAGUUCUGAUAUGAUGCUCGAUGACAGCAAUAAUUCUAAGUUUUCUGAAGAUGAGGGUAUUGAUAUGCAAACUUUGAAUGAACCUGUGCCUUUGGACAAUCUUCCAGAAACUUCUGAACCCUCAUUGCUUCUGUCUGAGAAGACACGCGGUGCUCUUUAUGAUGCACUACCAGCACUAGCUCAGGGGAGGAAAUGGUACAUGGAGGCAUGGCAUUUCACUUUCUACUUUGUAUAG